UUUGAUCCUGAAACUUCAUCCGGUUACGCUAAUGAACUGAUUUACCUGUGAAUUCUUGCAGUGAGUGGUUUUAAGUUAUCACGAAUUACUUAAAAGUGCGUGGAGAAAGAUAGUUCAACGCCAACAUUGAAGGUGUAAUUACUUAACACUUGCAACAUGGCUGCUGCGGGGACGGCAGUGAGAAAAGUUUAACACUGACGUGGGAGAAGUUUUAUGUGGAUGCUAGCUGGUACAUGAGUUGUUGUCCAGAUAAUAAACUCGUCAGCAGUCUGCUCCAGCCUGGCACCGCUUUCCCCGGACUUACAAACCAGUGGAUGAACCGUGUGAGAGCCUCCUCCUCCUCUGUAGUCACCGCCGACAGUCACUGCAGUGGACUUUGUGGGGAAACUGUGGUGUCUUUUUCUCCAUCGUAGGCUGUGGUGGUGGCGUUAAAGGACUUGUCGUCUGGCAGCGGCAGACUGUGUUUCGUGUUAAAAUGCAUUUUUCCAUACCCGAAACGGAGGUUCGUUCGGGAGAAAAUGGAUCAACCUAUGUGGCAUACAACAUCCAUGUCAAUGGUGUCCUGCACUGUCGGGUACGCUACAGUCAACUUCUUGGCCUCCAUGAACAGAUAAAGAAAGAAUAUGGCAGCAAUGUGGUGCCUGCCUUCCCUCCAAAGAAGAUCUUCACACUGACUCCUGCUGAGGUCGAACAGAGACGGGAACAGCUGGAGAAAUACAUGCAGGCUGUACGUCAGGAUCCCUUGCUCGGAGCCAGUGAGAUGUUCAACAGCUUCUUAAGGAAAGCACAGCAGGAGACGCAGCAGAUUCCCACAGAAGAUGUUGCUCUAGACAUCUGCCUCUCCAACGGUCAGAAGGUUACAGUCAACAUUCUGACCUCAGAUCAGACGGAGGAUGUCCUUGAUGCUGUUGCAACAAAGCUUGACCUUCCUGAUGACCUUGUUGGUUAUUUCAGUCUCUUCCUCGUUCGUGAGGGUGUGGACGGAGGUUUAACAUUUGUGCGGAAGCUGCAGGAGUUUGAGCUGCCUUAUGUAUCCAUUACCAGCUUGCGGAGCUCUGAAUUUCACAUACUCCUACGGAAAAGCUAUUGGGACAUGGCGUACGAUGGUGACGUGAUGGACAACAGAGUUGGCCUGAAUUUGCUAUACGCCCAGACAGUGUCUGACAUUGAGCGAGGCUGGAUACUCGUCAACAAAGACCAGCACAGGCAGCUCAAAUCACUGCAGGAGAAAGGCUCCAAGAAAGAGUUCAUCCAUCUCGGUCAGACGCUCAAAUAUUAUGGCUAUAUCAAGUUUGACCCAUGUAUUACCGACUUCCCAGAGAAGGGCUGCCAAGUCAUAGUCAGUGCCGGCAACAAUGAGCUCAACUUCCACGUCAAGCUGCCCAACGAGCAAAUGAAGGAGGGAAGCUUCAAGGUCACACGCAUGAGGUGCUGGCGAGUCACAUCCUCUCAAGUCCCCAUAGCCAACGGUACAACCAAUCCCUGCAGCUCAGCCAAGUGCGAGGUCAAGCUAGAGCUGGCCUUCGAGUAUCUGAUGAGCAAGGACCGCCUCCAGUGGGUCACCAUCACCAGUCAGCAGGCAAUCAUGAUGAGUAUCUGCCUUCAGUCUAUGGUGGAUGAAUUAAUGGUGAAGAAGUCAGGUGGCAGUAUAAAGAAGAUGCUGAGGAAAAGACACAACGGCUCCAUCCACCGAACGGAGAGUCAGCAAGCUGUGAAAUCUCCCCCUCUGCUGGACUCUCCCGACCCGAACCGUGAACAAAUCGUCAAACUCUCAACCAAGCUGAGCUCAGUGUCCCUCCGAGGGAUCAGCGCCUCCAACUCGGCAAACGACAUAAGUGGCAAUGAUUUCCACGGUAACUAUGCUUUCGAGGGAAUCGGGGACGAUGACCUGUAACCCCCCCCACCACCACCACCACCACCACCACCACCACCUUCAAUUCUCCCUCCUCCCCUCUUCAUUCCACUGUCAACAAAUGGGAUGACAAAGAUUAUGAGCUGAGCCGAGCCGUGCGGACCACACACUCGUCCCAUUCUGCAAGAUUGUAGCUUCUUCCUGGAGAAAUCGCUGCCUUAAGCUCUUUGACAGUGUCCUUUCUUUCAGACUCUUAAAAGCUCAUCUUGAUUUGUGUUCGAGUUACAAUCAUCAUAUUCAAUUGGAGUUUUGUCCCCACUUUAUUAAACUUGUAGCAACAUACAGUACAUGGCAUGUAGAGCUACAGGUACUCAAAUAGGGAAGCUUCCUGUAUGUUACUGACAAAUUCCUACUUCUUUGAUUCACACGCAUUACUGGGUCAUCGGCAGUAUGUGUGAAGCUCUAUAAUUUAGUUACAUUCUUGAGGUACAAAGGUAAAUUAAAAUAUUGUAAACUACACGAAGAAUACCUGAUGGCUGCAUGCUUCUUUCCAGCCAGAGCCAAAUGUUUAGUUAGACCUGGCACUAGUGAUAAUACAGCAGUCCUGGAUGUGGAUAGUUUUCCAGAGUGACCCAGAGUCCAGCGAAUGAGUUGAAAUUGAUCUCACAACUGUAGACUAUUCAGAGCACCUGCUUGCUUAUAUGGAUGAUCAAUGUUUGGCUUGGCUAUAUACCAAAAUGUCAUGUUUUUAUACUGUUAGUGAUCCUCUGUGUGCCAUGCUAUUCAUGUGCCAAGUCAGUAAAUAUCUCAGCAAAGAUAUCAGUGGUGUUUUCAGCUUACGUUUGAGGCACAGUCACUCAUACUGCCUUCAGAAAUAGUCUGAUGCCUUAACUUUUACUUUUUUUUUUCUUUUUUUUUUUUUCCCCCUCCUGGGCUACCUUGUCAUUCAUCGGGACAUGGGUUCAUACUUAAAGUAAACGUCAGUGUCCGCCGGUGUUACCUAGAAUCUUGCAGAACUUGAUAGAUGGUUGAUUUGGCCGCGCUGCUUGCACUUGCUGAACCGAUCAUUUUGCACAGUAUUACAGGUGGAGAUGAAUGUUUGAGUGGAAGCUUGAGCAUGACUUCAAACAUCUUGUGGAGAUUGUUUCCAAGGGGCUCUGUAAAUCCAUCUGUGAUUUUUUUUUUUUUUUUUAACCAAUUUUUUAAGGUUUCUCAUAAAUGCCAAAUUAUAGUUUACUAAAGCAUUUUGCACAAAAUAAACAUAAAAAAUUAUGACAAUGUCACUUUUUAUAUUAUGUACAUGCAAUUAAGUAUUCUGAACAUUUACUAAUAUCUUUAUCAUCAUAGCUUAUUGUAAUCAAAUAGAUCAAAUGUAAUCUAAGCUGUAUAGAACAAAAAGUUUAAAUGGACUAACAUUUAUCAUUGUUUACAUAAUGUUUAGGUGACUUUUUAGUUGAAAGGUAAUGUGUUUACAAAUUUUGCAUCUGAUCUUCUUUGUCUUGUUCGUUUCGGGCGAGUGAUGGUGGAGCAUUCUUAGGGGCUUCAGUUCAUUGUAAUUUGUACGUACAUUGUGCCAAUCAUCUCAGAGGAUUUCGCUGAAAAAGGUGCUUUGGUGAAGUGGCUAAUGUGAUCACAAUUGUGCUGGAGUGAGUUACAUUCAUGAAGGGCAGGCAACAAAAUGAACAUAUCCAUAUCAUGUUUUAUAAGACAUUUCAUUCUUUUUUUUUUCUUUUUUUUCUUUUUUUUUUAUUGCUGGUAGCUUCAGUUAUUUUGAAAAGUUGCCUCUCGGCGUGUUCUGAAGCCUCUAAAUGUAAAUCAAUGCCAACCUAUCAACAGCUUUACUCUCACUGGUAGCCACAACUGUAAACAAAAAUGUUCUCAAUAUAAAUGUCUUGUUAUUUCACUGCUGUGCUUCUUCUUUGUCUUCAGUUGUAUUUUUCUAGUAGAGGGAUGUGGACACCACCAGUCAUCUUUAUUUUCUCUAUUCCUGUCAAUACAAGUACAUGGAAGCUGCAAGGUCCUGGAUGUUAAUAAAUGUGUAGGUGCCAAAUCACAGGUUAAGUGCAUUAACGUCAGCAGUCACCAUUAAACUAAAUGUCAAAUUUCACGAAGAUUGCAUUGACUUGAUUCAUUCCACGACUUUUCAAUUUUGAUUUUAGUGGUAAGGUCAGUGACAACUGUCUGGUCUGUUUGUCAUGAUGCUAAAAUAAACUCUGAAAUUAGA